UUCAUGCUGCACACACACACACACACACACACACACACACACACACCCACCAGCUCCUCUGGCUCUGUCCUAAGAAGAGUCUCAUCCCAGAGAGGUUCCGGACUUCGGACGCGAGGAGAAAUCGGCAGAUAACCUGAGCCGAAAAAAGGAUUUUUCUCUUUGUCUGGCUGGCCACCUGAGACGGGGAGUAGCUCUCUCCUUAUUCGAGGACCUGCUCCUGCUUCUGCCGCUGACGACUGACUCGACAGGCUCCAAGUUCCGCCAUGUGUUUGGUAAAGCUGCCAAGGAUAAGUGCUACGAUGGCGUGCCCAUCACACGCAGCGUGCAGGACAACAACUUCUGCGCCGUCAACCCCCGUUUUCUUGCCGUUAUCACGGAGUGUGCCGGGGGAGGGGCCUUCCUGGUGCUGUCCCUCCACAGUCGAGAUCAGCCAUGUAAAGUCAUCCCAACCCAUCCUCGAGUAUCGGGCCACAAAGGAAACGUGUUGGACAUCAAAUGGAAUCCCUUCAAUGACUUUUGCAUAGCUUCCUGCUCUGAGGACACCACGGUCAAAGUGUGGGAAAUCCCUCCUCGUGGCGUGGUGAAAAACCUUACAGUUCCGUGGAAAGAGCUGCAGGGUCACAGCCGCAGAGUGGGCCUCAUCGAGUGGCACCCCACUGCUAACAACAUCCUCUUCAGCACGGCCUACGACUACCAGGUGAUGAUUUGGAACCUGGACUCUCCAGAGCAGGUGAUAAAGAACCCCGUGCGGACCAUCAGCCACCACACAGACGUGGUUCUGUCUAUGUCCUUCAACACAGAAGGCAGCCUGCUCGCCACCACCUGUAAGGACAGGAAAGUCCGGCUGAUGGAGCCUCGCACAGGAAACCUGCUGCAGAAAGCAAACAGUAAGACACAUAAAGCCAGUAAGGUGGUGUUCCUGGGAAACAUGAAGAUGCUUCUCACAACCGGUACUUCACGCUGGAAUGAACGACAGAUUGCUCUGUGGGAUCAGGAUGAUCUGUCCGUGCCUUUGUUGGAGGAAAACCUGGAUGGUUCUUCAGGGGUCCUUUUCCCUUUCUACGACCCCGACACACACAUGUUGUACCUUGCUGGGAAGGGUGAUGGAAACAUCAGGUACUAUGAAAUCAGCUCGGAAAAACCCUACAUCCACAGUCUUACAGAAUAUCGCUCGCUCCUACCUCAGAAAGGAAUGGGUGUGAUGCCAAAGAGAGGUCUUGACGUGAGCUCCUGCGAGGUUUUCAGAUUCUACAAACUGGUGACUGCCAAGGGUCUGAUUGAGCCUAUUUCUAUGAUCGUACCCCGCAGGUCGGAGACGUACCAAGAAGACAUAUACCCGAUGACGGCAGGCAACAGGCCCGCUCUGACCGCAGAGGAGUGGCUCAGCGGCAUGGACAAAGGUCCAGUGCUGAUGUCCCUGAAACCAGGAAGUCAAUUAGAAGAGUCUCAAUCGGAGAUGAAGGGCUCGGGUAACUCGCUGGACAUUCGCAGGUCUCAGAGCAGGCCGGGAAUGCUGCUGCUCGCUUACAAUCAGGAACAACUUGAAGCCAAAGAUGCCAAAGAGGAGAGCAGGGGGGAAGAGGAUGACAGGAAUCGAAAUCUUAUCAGCAACGGGGAGGACUUUCCACCUUGCUCACCCAUGACGGAGAACGAGCUACGACUGAAGUUCCACAAGCAGCAGGAGGAGAUCCGACGACUGAGGGAGCUCCUGAAUCAGAGGGACGUGCGCGUCAAACAGCUGGAGCUGGAGAUAAAGAACAUCAAAAACUCUCAGUCUCAGAGCUCCCUUUAACACUUUCCCGACCUGCUGAUUGACAGGCACCCCCUGACAGGACACACACGCACACACACACACACACUUCUGCACAGACCCUGGAAAACGGCCCGUUCUCCGUAAGGUUCCGACUCACCUGUUUUCCUCCACAGAGCCCCACACGCUCGCCGCUCAGGGGUGAAUCUUAAGUUGUGUUUCCAGUCGGCCAACUUUGAGAAACGGUGCACAUAUUCUCGGUUCAUGUACAUACAUUAUUAAAAUGGCACCUUCUGAUUUUUUUUUUUUCUAUGCUUGCUGAUUUUUUUUUUUUUCCUUACCUGCAAUAUUUGAACUACUGUAUGCCGAGAGUCACAAAUGCAUUUUUUAAUGUGAGAGAGAUAUCCUGAAUGACAAAUUCCCUAAUCCCUGCUGUCUUUUUCUAUCCCAUUAAGCUACAUUUGUUUUCUGCGUUUAUUUUCUUUAAAAACUGGAAAUUGUUUAAUUUUACUGCGGUUAACAAACAGCCAAUCCUGUCACAGAUGCCAUGUGCAAGUUUUGAACUUAAUUUUUGUAUUUAUUUUAGAAUACAGUAAGUGAAAAUUAAGAACUUUAAUUCACAGCUGUAUAUCUGGCAAAUAUGACACAUGCAUUGUUUCAAAAAUACAAAAUCCUGCGUCUUAUGUGGAGUUACUGUGAAGAGCCAGAGUACCUCUCAACUUUUAGGUUAGCUUGUGUUUGUUUGCAGCAUUUUCUCCAUAGCUGCUUUAAUACUGGGAUUUUCUGAUCUUUUUUUUUUCUUUUUUUAAAAAUGUUUUUAAAUUGGUUUUAUGGAAGCGUUUUUAUGCAAAAGUUGGCAUAAGCUGUUGUACGUCAUAGGACAAACCGAACCCCACACAACUCUCGUGAGGCUGUGGUAACGAGGCAGGGUUUGUGCCAUAAAUCUGCAUAAAACUAUCUGACAUUGUACAAUUUAUUCCCUAAUGGACCUUGAAUUAUUUUUAAAUGUUUGAUUUUAGACUUCAUUACUACAGUUUUCAUUUAAACAUUUGAGGUAAGUAGUAAAAUAACAAACAUGCACAUAAUAAAUUAAACGGGUAAUUUGAUCCUUAUGCAGAUUCUAAAUGGAAGAUCUGAGAAAAUGGGCUUGAUAUGUGUUAGCAUUUGAAAUAAGGAUUCCUCUAUGUAACUCACAGUUCAAAAAGUUUUGUGCUAAACAAUCUUUGUAAGAAGGUAAAGUGAGGAUGCAAGUAGAACUGAUGAAAGCCAAAGAAUUAACUGAAGUUUGCUUUGAAUAGCCAAUACCAAUUAUACAAGCCUCAACUGCUUAUGAGAUCCACCUGUCCGGUCAAAGUUCACAUUUCUGGGUUGACAAUGUGUAAAAUAAGUCAUAAAAAUCCUAGUGUGAUGUUUCAGCUAUUUCCACUGAGACUGUCACUAGAAACAAAUGUAGCUAAAUUUUGGUGGUGGGUCCAAAUCCAUUUUGUGAACUUGUGCUUUUCUUAAUAUAAGCCAUAAGCAAUUAAAUAACGUUAUAUGUGCUUAAAUCUGAUCAGGGAACUUCUGAAUGCUGUCCAUUCUAUUCCACCAUCAUGUUUCAGUUGGGCCAGGGCAGAAACUGAUUUAUGUUCUUCCAAAAGAAAAAGACACAUUUCUGUAUUUCUCAGCAAAUUCAUCGGACAAAAAUGUAAAUAAAGCAUAGAGACCAAGUCGCUAUUUGCAGAUAUUAGAUCAUACGAUCCUAGGAAAAGCACUCCCACAGUAGGUCUGACCAUGCAUGUCACGGGUACAAUAGUCAUUUUCUAGAUUUGGAACAUUCAGGUCACAUCUCCUUGAAAUGACCACACCAACCACCACUCACUUAGACUUAUGGGAUUCAAUAUAAUUGUGAUGUGUUCAACACCUUUGACCUGGUGCAGGAAAGCUCUAGCUCCGGCUGACUUGGAGCAGCAUUGCCCGGCCUGUUUCAUUGCACACUUUAUGGUCCUCCACUGCUCCGGCUUUAAGGAAAAAAUGACUGAACAAAUUAAACACUUUGAGGUAAUCGGUUUUACCCACGUUUUGCUUGUGUUCCAUUACAGAAUCACUUCUGGCAGCAUAAUUAGUGCUCAUGUUUUGGUUUUGGCAGAUAGGUCUACCUCCAAAGAAAAAACUGUUUUUACUGUAACGGCCACUGUUAAGGAGCCGCCAGCCACUAACUUGAUCAACUUCAGAAAGUUACUUGGAUAGAUGCCAGAACAGACAUGUUUUCUUUUACAGUCCAACUGAAAGUAGGUAAAAGGAUAAUGGAAACUAGACACUGAAAGAUUUUUCUUAUUUAUUUAAACAGAUUAUAAGAUGGAACAUUGAAACCGAGGUUGUCAUUGAAAAUCAUCUCUAGAUUCCUGAUACUUAUUUUUCAGACUGCCUUGAUGAGCACCAACAGGUCUGAUUUCUGGUUUCUGUGGGACCAAACAGAGUGGCCUCAUCUCAGACUGGGAAAGAGGUGACCAGUGACUCUCCAAGUGCUGCUAGGAUGUAUACAUUUUAAUAUUAUGCAAAACUCUAUGUCAUAUCUGUAACAAUGUACAUGUCUUUUAAAAUGCUAGCCGCGAGUGAACAUGCAGAAGCAGAAAAUAGUUAAAACAUCUGUCAACACCUGGUUUCGUCUCUCACGAUGAGGCACCGAGGAGCAAUUAUUGCAAUUUGAAUAAAUAAAUCAACAUGCUCAUUUCUUCC